UUUACCCCAGGACAAACAUGCCCUUUUCCUGAAGACAAUUUCAGAUAUUUUACAGAGAACUGGUAGUAAUUACAGAAUGCGUGUGAUGUAGAGAGUGAAUGUUGACUAUUGUUUAUGCGACUGCUAAAUUCAAUGCGGUUGGCGGCCUGUGAAGCACCCCGCUUGCCUGGUAACCUGAGCCAGAAGGAAGAUAAGCGCUCCCUUCCAAUGGUGACAAGGAUUGUUAAAUAAAUUGAUACACUUUAUGAAAGGCAAGUGUGUGAUAUUUAUAAUCUGUGUCUAAACAGUAUUAUAUUGGUUAGUUCCUGGGCAGCAGUGCCAGUUUUCCAUCGACGUGGGUCCUGCGUGAUGUAACAUCAGCAUUAGCAUCGUGGCUAACGAGUUAUCUUGCUAACGUUACCUAUAGGGUGUCAGAAGGUCCUGGAGAAGACGUCCUGGGUACUACGUAUUCGUAUUAUUUAAACUGAGUAAACAGGAGUAACUUUACCUAACGUUCUAGUCAGUCUGUGACGCUGAGGUUUUUCACAGUGAGAAAUCCUGCUAGAUCACUGCUGACUUGGCCAACUGAUGAAUGUUAUUAGGCUAACUUAAUUUUCAAUUACGUUGAUGUAUGUACAGAGUCACAGCUAUACAGUAUUAACUUUUAACACUAGUCAUGCUACACUAGCAAGUUAUGUCAAUCUAAAUUAUCACUCUACUCAAUUUUCACUUUCUAAAAUACAUUUUGCACGAUCUCUGUAUUCCAUACGUUUAAUGCUACUUGACAUUUUAUCACGGUAGCUAAGGCUAGUUAGAUGUUUUUGGUACAUAGGUUAAUGAUUGCAUUAAUUUAACUUAUUUUCAUUGCCUCAUGUUCACCAGCUGGGACUAAAUUCAAGUCAUCACACUUAUUACUGUGGUCUAUGUGGCAUUAGCAGCAGCAAAUGAAUGUACAUUUUGACUUUAAUAGCAAAAACAACCAAACACUUUUAUAGUGUAGUGUUGCACUGGGAGCCCAUGUUCAUUUACAGAGGCCAUCUGACAAAUAUGACAUAUUAGCUAGUAUACAUUAUUAAUCACCUGCUAUGUGGUAACCCAUCAGUUUCUUCAUAAACUGACCCCCGACAUGACUUGCAUUUAAAUCUACAGAUUACUGAACCAUUAAGCCAUGCCCUAAAUGGUAUCAUUAAUGACUGGCAGACAUUAGAAAGACAACAUUCAGAAAGUCUCCUGACAGUUGGUCCGAAUGGUGUUUUACAUUUCUGGGGCCCUUGUGUUGUGCAUGUGGAAAUUUCUUUCUGGGACACUUAAUCAAACUGAGUCUUAGUUACUGUUAUUAACUAAUCUAGCCUUAUUCCCAAACUUCUUCGUGUUGCAUUAUUCUGAACAUUUUGAUGUUUGUCUUUUUACUUUAGUCUACUGUGGUAAAUUUAGCUUUCAAUCAAACCUGGUCAGAAGCAGAUUUAAAGGCUAAAUCUGAAAAUAAAGCCAAACACUGCAACUGAAGUAUGUAUGCCUGUCAGUUGAUUAAAAUAUUGAUAUAAUGAUAAUAAUUGACAGAUAACAUUUUAGCAUUAAGUAAACUGACACAUCAUUUAUGGUAUUGUUUAAAACCCUUUUGUAUUUCCUCUGUUGCAGUUACAAAGCUCUAAUAUUAUUUUUUAUAUAUAUUAAUUAAUAUUAAUAUUAAUAUUUCUAGUGUUCCUGUAGAAGAAAACACUUUAAAAUGUAAUUUACUGUGAUUUAUUUCACGAAGGACUUCUGUCUUGUUUUGGUUAAGAUAAGAACGUUAAUCCAGGAAGUCAUUUAAAGGGGUGUGUUGUGUAGUAAAGUGUUCGCGUUGUGUAGCCUGCGAGACUGCAGCAAGUGUAGCAACUCCUGCGCGUUGCAUGUCUGUUUUUCAGCUCACCUCUUUUAUUUGCUUCAAAUCCAAAAUGUUUGCUGUUAUGACGCAUCCAAUUGUCUUAAAAUCAAAUUGGUUUAAGCUCAAACACCAGACUGAGCCGGCAAAACUGUCAAUUAACUCUAAACGUCGUCCUCUAUCUUCUCUCUAACUGUGUCAUUUCUUUUCCCCAUUCCUCGACUACGUCAUCAUGCCCUGCCUCUUUCCCACCUUCCUCUUAAUCUGUUCCUUAUCCCUUCAUCGGUCUUCCCUGCUGUCUUUGCAGUCCCUGGAUGAAGACUGUACGUUGGAGGAAGAAGACGAGGGACUGGUAGAAGAGGAAGAUGAAAUUAAUCAGUUCAACGACGACACCUUCGGAGCUGGGGCCAUUGAUGACGACUGGCAGGAGGAACACAAACGUCUCGCUGGGCUCGAUAAGGGGGACGGGCUAGGAGGGGGAAUGGGAGGAGAAUCAGAUCUAGGUGGAGCUGAGGACUCAUCCUCCACCUAUCUCCCUUCCUCAGCGGGCCAUCUCCCCCUUCCAUCUUCUGUCCCUUCACUAAAAUUCUCCUUGUCUUCCUCUGGACUGCCUCCAGAUGUGGAGGAUCGAGGAGGGGGAGGUGACUUGGCUGAGUCCCUGGCCAGACUCAUCCUGGAGGCUGACCCUGCCAUCGCUGGGGUCGGAGCAGCUGAGAGACCUGGUCCAUCCCCCAGCUCUUCACGUUCCAGCCUGUCCGCUCUGCAGGGCUUGGACCGACCCAGAGUCCGGCCCCAGCCCUCCUCAAUCCCUCAUCCCACUCAACCACACCAGCAUCCCCAUCACCCCCAGCACCAGCUGCCUCCUGGGCCCUCUGCCUUAGGCCUUCCUCCUGGCGCUGCUCUCUCGUCCAUGCUCAGCUACCAACAGCAGCAACACUUACUGCGUAGAGGGACUGCUCCUAUGGCCCAGAUGAACUCUCACAGUAUCUGGGAGAACAGUAUGGGUUUUGGGCCGGUGAGUGUCUCCCCCGGACUGAUUACACACAUGGAGGAUAGUCCUCUGAUGUCUAUAAUCAAGGAGGUGGGCCUUCCGAAACAACCUCCUCAGGGUAGGAAUGAUGGACGGGAUUUGUCAGAGAGGGUACCACCUCCACGCUCUUCUUCCCCUGUGAUUGGCUCCCCUCCGGUGAGGGCAGUGCCUAUUGGAACCCCGCCCAAACAGCCAAUGAGCCAUGCUCUAAAUCAUCAGAUCCACCAUCCCACGGCGGUUCAUGUGAGAGCCCCGGUCCAGCAUAGAUACCCUCCUCCUUUCCCUGAGCGAGUGUCACCCAACACCCUCCUCAAUAUAGCUAACUCUCCGCUGUGUCGCAGUCCGUUCCCUCCCGGAGUUGGUUCGGUCCUGUCUCAGAUUCAACGUGUCCAGCUGCUGAACUCUCAGGUGGCUGGUUUUCCUCACGGUGGACCAGCGCCUCCUUUGUUACCGGGUGGUGGUGGCGGUUUUAGGCCAUUUUUCGGUCCUCCACUCGGUCACAGAAUUGGCCCGCCCCCUCAUGGCCACCUCAACCACGCGCCACCAAUCCGGCACAACACCACCCACCUCCACCCCCAGCACCGCCGCAUGCUCACCCAGCGCAUGCAGAACCGGGGAGGGGACCGUGGCAGGACUGGAGGGGACCGGCGAAGCAGGGACCCCUACAGUAACCUUAUGACUCAAAAAGAGAAGGAAUGGGUAACCAAGAUCCAGAUGAUGCAGCUGCAAAGUACUGACCCUUAUCUGGAUGACUACUACUAUCAGAACUACUAUGAAAAGAUGGAGAAACGUCAGGAAAGAGAGAGGGACAGCAGCAAGAAGGAAUACGCCACCAAACUGAUCACUCCACAGGUCGCUAAGGUUGAACACACCUACAGACCAGUUCAGUUUGCAGGCUCUCUGGGUAAGCUGACUGUCUCCAGCGUCAACAACCCUCGCAAGAUGAUUGAUGCUGUGGUGACAACCCGCACAGAUGACGAGGAGAAAAGAGAGAAGCAGGUUUGGAACAAAAGGCGACAGAUCCUCUACACCGUGGAGAAGAUGUACAGUAUGCUGUUAGAGGUUCAAGACUUUGAAAAACGUUUUGUCCAGGCGCCAGAGGAGGACAGGGAGGCUCUUCUGGAGCAGCAUAAAACCAACACCAUGCAGCUGUGCAGCUCUCUGCGGGAGAAGGAGUGGGACGACAGAGUGAGUGAUGAGCAGUGUGUGAUGAUCAUGUCGGUGAGGAAGGGCAAGCGGCUCAUCUCCAGGCUCCUCCCCUUCCUUCCCUCACCUCAGGCUGCCGCCGUUGUCAUGGCAAUUUCCCACAACCUUCCCGCCCUGGCCAAGAAGGACAAGCAGGACCAGGUGCUGUGCUGGUUAGUGGGGCCGGUUUCUGCAGUGAUCCAGUCAUUGUCAAGCUCCGCCCUUACAGACUUGCUCCAGGAGCUUCAGGGCAGUGAGGGCCAACUGGCUACAGUACUGCACAACAAGUUCGGUGUGACCCUGCUGUAUCUGAUCCUGAGUGAAGGAGAGAGGAUGCAGAGCUCUGAUCCCAACUGUCAACUCAUGGACGACAAUCGAUGGACUGAGUUGGUGUUUUCAGUGACGAGGGAGUUGCUCAGCGUGCCCAGCUCAUCUCUCUCUCCUCCCCUCUUCACGCCUCCCAACCUGCUCUCCCUCUUCUCACGCUAUGUUGAUCGGCAGAGGCUGGAGCUGUUACAGGACAAGCUACAGAUCACUUCUUUGUCCAGUUAGAAGUUACAACAGAUAUCAACACAACUCCCUCCCGUGUGUGUGUGUGCGCGUGUGUGUGCGAGCGCGCGCGCGCGCGUGUGUGUGUGUGUGUGUUUGUGCGCGCGUGUGUGUGUGUGUGUGUGUGGUAAAUCCCUCGUGGAUUGAAUUUUAAUACCGCAGAAUCUCUUGUCACUUGUUUUUCUUUGUCUUUAGUCUCUGGAAUGAAAUUUGCAUUUUUAAAUAUCUUGUUUACGAUUAUGCCUGUGAUGAACCUUCAAAUUAAAAAGUAUUUCUAUUUCUAGUGUUUCAGUCAAAUCUUACAGUGCUAGGACCAAACAUUGUGUAAAACAUUAAGUGCUUCACUUACAACAUCGUCACACAGUUCACAGAUGGACAGUUCUGAAAAGAACCAGAGAUGUCUUUUCCAAGCAUUCUUCCACCGCCUACAUUACCCACAGUGCAAAUCGACUGCAUGCAGUAGUUGGGUUUUAUGCUAGUAGCAGCUAAUGUAGCCUCUUUCCUGAGGCAGGGAUGAGCAGCUGGCUACAGAGGUCUGUUAGGCUCACUUCUUUUCAACUCCACACCCCCAGAUUUUCUUUCAUUUUGAAACCGUGUUCAGCACCAACAGAAGAUGACUACAUAUACAACAAAUGACAUGAAAAAUGCGGUUGACAUAACUCUAGAGUUCAUGUUUGCUCAAGAUUCAUGUUUAAAAGUUGGUGUUUGGUGAGCCUAACUGGAUUAGCCAUCAAAAGAUUCCGUGACUGGCAUUAUUUUAAGUGGUCCAAAUGGUCAGCAUACCCAGAUGCUUUCUAAUAAGAGCAAUUAGUUGAAAAUACAUGUUUACAAGUUUAUACUUUUUCAAAAUUGAUUGUAUCGUAAAGGGACCUGACUCCUAUAAAGAAAAAAGGAUUAAUAAUCAAAUGGAAAUACGAAAGUGAAUGUCUUCAAGACUCACAAUAUUAUGUAGUAAUGCUUAUGACAUCAGUGUAUUGGAUCUUUCAGACUUUGUAUUUAAUCAAGAUGCAGAAUAUUUUUAGACCUCACUUAGCCAUAGAAUCCUCUGCCAUCUCCAGGGUCGCACAAAAGAAAAUGCUUCAGUAUAAGUCCAUGAAAGUCAAAGUGAAUACUAAUUUAUAUUGUCUGAUUCUGAAGAGUUUUUAAAUUCAUGAAGGAUAGGCCAUCGCAUCACUGGAAUAAUUUUAAGCCACACUGCGCAGUUGUUUAUGAUGAUGUACCACAUUCAGAGGUGUUACUGUACAUGACUGACAGUCACACGCCAAGGAUUUGUAAUGUUCACAAUAUAAAACAACCCCGCAUAUGUGCAUCUGUUCCAGUAAGUACAGGGGAAUAAAUUAAAUGUAUUAAAAUGUUUUUAUGCUUCCAGAGAAUGUGUAAUUUGAGAAUGAGGGGUGAUGGAGAGGAGGCAGUGAACAUGGAAGUGAAGGAUUCAAUUCAGUUACCUCCACUGAGUGACUGUGGCUCAGUGGUUGAGCAGGGUCAUCCUUCAAUCAGAGGAAUUGGUGGUUCGAUCCCCAGCUCCUCUAGUCCAUGUUUAGUCCUUGGGCAAGAUGCGUAACCCCAAAUUGAAAGGUUGGUUAGUCCUGAUGGGCAGGUGGCACCUUGCAUGGUAGCCCCUGCCAUUAGUGGAUGAAUGACAAAUAGUCUGUUUAAAAUAUUCCAGUGACGUGAGUCACUAAUGUCCAAAAUUUGAAAGGAACCAUCUAAAUGCGAAUCAUUUAAUUACUGUUGCAAUUAAAUCACUUCUAAAAUACAAGUGAGAAGAUGUGGUAAACAUUCACAUUCUUUGUACAAGCCACAGUUAAAGCACAGGUGUGGAAUGCAGUGAGUAAUGAAGUUAUGCACGGUACCUCUAUCUUGGUAAAGGAAAUUUAAAUCAUUGAGGCUAAUGCAAAUUAAUCCAUGGCAUGAGAUAAUUAAGCAAAAUUAUUUACAACUAACAACUCAAGUUAGAAUGGAUGUUGAUGCUGUUAUGGCAAACAUCCGUUAGUCCAUGUUAAAAUAACGAGGAGUACAUUUGUGAAUACCAUUUGUUUCUCAUAAUCACUUUUUUUUAAAUUUUUUAAAUUUUUUUUAUUAAUACAUUUGCUUUAAUUGUUAAAUACUAAUAUAGCGUGCAUUGCGGCCGUGUCUUCAGGGUGAGGACCAUCCUCUCUUCAUGUCCCAUCU